CGUGCCUUUGACGUAGUCGCACCCGGAAGUGAGAGUGGGAAGGUGAAGCGUACACCAACCAACAUGGCUCGUAGUUUGUUUUGCAGAGCUGUCGGUGUGUUUCAGCUCAGCAGGACUUCACCACUGCUGACAGGGACUCGUUUCUACUCUCAGACGGAACCGGAGCCGCUGACGGUGAGACAGCAAAACAACGGAAUAAGGAGAAUAAUAUUGAACAAUCCCAAGAAGAGGAAUGCUCUUUCUUUGUCCAUGCUGGAAUCCCUCAAAGAAGAUAUCCUUACUGACGUCGACGGGGAUGAUCUCAGAGUUGUUAUCAUAUCAGCCAAAGGUCCAGUGUUUUCCUCUGGACACGACCUGAAGGAGCUAACGUCAGCCCAGGGCAGAGAAUAUCACACAAAGGUGUUUCACACCUGUGCAGAGGUAAUGACUCUGAUACAAGACAUACCUGUUCCGGUGAUCGCCAUGGUAAACGGUGUUGCCACAGCAGCCGGUUGCCAGCUUGUUGCCAGCUGUGACAUUGCCGUGGCGACGGAGAAGUCCACCUUCGCCACUCCAGGUGUCAACGUGGGUCUGUUCUGCUCGACGCCGGCGGUGGCCAUCGGCAGAGCUGUGCCGAGGAAGGUUGCCAUGGAGAUGCUUUUCACAGGAACUCCCAUCUCCGCCCAUGAUGCUUUGCUGCAUGGUCUGAUCAGUAAGGUGGUGCCAGAAGAACGACUUGAAGAGGAGACGUUAGCCAUCGCCCAGCGGGUGUGUCAGGCUAGCCAACCUGUUGUAGCCCUCGGCAAGGCCACUUUCCAAAGACAAAUGGCUCAAGGUCGAGAUGCAGCGUAUGCCACUGCCUCCAAGGUGAUGGUUGACAACCUGGCUCUAAGAGACGGACAGGAGGGGAUCCGGGCCUUCAUAGAGAAACGCAAGCCAGUGUGGAGCAAUAAAGCAGAAAAGGCCCAUGACUGAUGGACUGUUGACUUUAUCACAGGAGACAGUGAUUAUCCUGACUGGUACAUGUGGUCUUCGGUUACUAGUGUGGAAGAAUAAUUAGCACCAGUCCCAAGUCAAUGUAUGGGCUAGGCUACUUUUAAAAUGUGGCUGUGUAAUUUGCAAGAUCACAGCGAUUGAAGUUUGAAUUAUUGACUUCCUGUUCCCUGAGGAUUUCCUCCUUUUUGCUGGGACUGAAGACAAGUAGCUGAACCAUUGUGUGCCUUAAAAGUUGCUUUGUGGAGAUGAGAAGGAAAUACUUUGAUACCAACCAGAGGACUUCAGAUGUUAUUUGACAUAAUGGACGAAGAAUGCUGCUCUUCGUAUUUGUAUAACUGUAAAUGCAAUUAAUAGGGAUACACAUUGGUAGGAGUUAUUUCAAAUUUCCAGUGUUUUGGAAGGAAAUUACUGCAUCAUUUUAUGCAUAGACAAUAUGAGGUGACUUACAGUUUAAGCUCAUUAGGACCUAUCUGGUUCUUUGAUAAAAAAGUAAAAGCAUGUGUACAUGAAGACAUAAGAGGAGACGUCGCAAGGUGCAUUUCAGCAUGUAAAAGGAUAGCUUGGAAUCCAACCACCAAAAAUAAAACAGCUCUGUGCACUGCAAAUGGUGAACAGAAACUAAAUGGUUCACACGCAGUUUAAAUCAGUUUCGGAUUCUUGGUCAGUUUUAAAUGAAUUUUUUAUAUAUUGGGUAUACGGUGGUGUUUUAAUCCCAUUUGCGUCAAUGAAGCAAUUUCUCAGAAGCAAAGUUGAAAUAAAUAGAUGCCCUAACAUAAA